AAAGCGCUCGAGGGGAUGGACGACAGGCAGCACAAUUUAAGAUUCCACGUUUGUUCAUUUAUUCCUUGCUUUGCAGAGGAUAUGAAGUUAGAAUGUUUUUACUUUGCCUUUACUACCGGAGCCAUAGAUGGACUCAACGAAUAGUGGAAGCAGCAAGGCUAGCGGUGUCCCCUACAAGCUGCAGCUGUACGGGAAGGGAGACUUGGCAGGCCAGGCGUUCGAGAACACCGAGGACUGCCCCUCCGUGCUGGAGAAGUUCCACUGGCGCGAGGUGCACUCCUGCAAGGUGCUGGGAGGCUGGUGGGUUUUCUACGAGCACCCCGACUACAAGGGCCGUCAGUAUCUCCUGGAUAAGGGCGAGUACCGCAAGCCCACAGACUGGGGCGCGGUGUGUCCCAACGUCCAGUCCUUCAGACGCCUCACUGAGUAACCAGGGUCUAGAGGUGUCCCCCUCUCGCCCAACCAAUCCGAUCCCUCCUGCCCAAU